AUGGCAUUGUCAGAACUCGUUUGACCUUUCUUUAAAGAUUACACACAAGCCACCCCCACCCCACCCCCCAGUCUCCAUGGCGAUCGUUGUCUCCGAGAGGCCAGGGCUACACAGAGUUGUGUUGCUGUGCCUCACACUCCUAUCACCCGAGUCAGGGGCUCUCCAGCCAGCCCAAGCCCCUCUGCUUCCUGGGCAGCCCUUCCUGGUGCUGUGGGGCGUCCCUGACGCCCUUUGCCAAGAGCGGCCGGACCCCAGCUCCUUCGGCAUGGUCACUGACGCAGAGGGGGCCCUGAAGGGACGAGGGGUGACCAUGUUCUAUGAGGACAGCCUCGGGCUAUACCCAUAUUUUGACUCCCAGAAUGGGGCCGUGGCCGGGGGGCUGCCCCAGCAGACAAACCUGGAGAUGCACCUCCUCAAAUCGGAGGCCGACAUCCUUUCAGCCAUCCCCGCGCUGGAGUACCGCGGGCUGGCGGUCAUCAGAUGGGAGGAGUGGUGGCCCCAGUGGAGCCGCAACCGGGCCGAGAAGAAGAUCUACCAGGAGCAGUCGCGUGGCCUCCUGCAGCAGUUCUUCCCGGACUGGUCCCAGGCCGAGCUGGACCAGUGGGCCCAGGUGGAUUUCGAGGCAGCCGCCCAGACAGUCCUGCUCGAGACCCUGCAGAACGCUCGCGCGCUCAGACCCAAUGGACUCUGGGGGUUCCACCCGUACCCUGACUGCCACAACUCCCCCAGCCACACCGACCGCUGCCCCACCACGGAGAUGGCCCUGAACGAUGAGCUGCUGUGGCUCUGGAAGAAGAGUUCAGCGCUCUACCCCUCCCUGCAGCUUGACAAGGCACUGAGUGGCACGGAGGGGAUACGGCUCUACACCGGCAAUCAGAUCAGGGAGGCCCUGCGCGUGGGGGCACUGACCGGGGGCGCCCACGACCUGCCUGUCUUCCCGUUUGUCAGGAGCGUCUACACCGCCACCAACUCCUUCCUGUCACAGGCGGACCUUGUGUACUCCAUUGGGGAGAGCGCGGCUAUGGGAGCAGCCGGGAUUGUGAUUUGGGAAAAGUUCUUCCCGACCAAAAACCAGAGAGGAUGCUGGGACCUGGCGGACUUCGUCAGGCGAACGUUGGGCCCGUACGUGGUGAACGUGACGACGGCGGCACGGCUCUGUGGAGAGGCUUUGUGUGGCAGCAGGGGGCGCUGUGUGCGGAAAGACCCCGCAAAGCCUGUCUACCUGCACCUGCCCCCCGCCAGCUACCAACUGCUGCCCGACACCAACAUGAGUAGAGGAGGGGGGGGGGUGACCGCCCAGGGCCACCUGCAGCCCGGAGACCUGGAGGCCUGGAGAGAGAGAUUCGCGUGCCAGUGGUUCCAGGGCAUGGAAGAGGGAUCGUCAGCUGACGACGGGGUGGUGAUCAAAACAGGGGUCAACAGAGAGGUUGGCAUGGGGGUAAAGGCAAAACCCACCCCUGCCAGCAACUCCUCAGACAGCAUUAAGAUGCCUGUUCUGCUGAUCACCUCCCUGACUGUCAUCGCCACGCACUGGCUCUGGGAAACCUCUUCAGUUAUUUAA